AUGGCUCGAUCAAAGCGCUAUAGAACGCCUUCCCCGGCUUCAAGCCCGAGACGAUCAAAACGCAUACGAAGAACACCACAAGCCCUCUCUCAGCCAUCGAGAGGAUUGCCAAGCUUGUCCACCGACACAGAGACAGAGGAUUGGGAAAAGUUGGCUGCCGCUGCCGAGGCAAGAAUAACGCAGUACCAGCCCAAAGACCGCCAUCGUGAAGACCUCCUCCAAGAUUCCUUAAAAGCCUUCAUCAACUGGUUACCAAGAGGAGGCCGGGAGUCUGUGGCGAGAGACAUCAGGGAUGCGAAGACUGAUGAUGACCUGUAUAAGGUCUUCAUGAAUCUCUACAAGGGUCUUGCAAUGCCAAUGAAAGCACUCUCUAAGCCAUCUUCAAUGAUAGAAUCUCCCCAUUCCAAGCGCGUGAGACAGGUCGAGGUCGGUGCUUCGCACCUUGACGAGUCGCAGACCCGCGAUGAUAUGUUCAAGGCCUCAUGUCUCCGACGCGAUGGCUAUCGCUGCAUUUUCAGUGGCUUUAUGCAGAUCGCGCACUGGCUUCAACUUAAUGAACCAGAUGCUAUCAAAGCCGCGCAUGUUGAAGUCGCGCAUACCAUCCCCUUCUCAUACGCCUCGUGGAGGACAACGGAAUCACGACAUGAGGCUGCAAGUGCCUGGAGGGUACUCUAUAGCUGCUUCCCUGGCGUUCGCCGAGCGGGCCUGUCGGCUGAGACCAUCAAUUGCGAAUCUAAUGGACUCACAAUGCAGCGCGAGUGUCAUGCUGAUUUCGGAAAUUUUAAAUUGGCGUUCAAACCCGUUGAAAACGAAAAUAACAAGCACGAAGUGAAGACGUAUCGAGGCUGUUCAGCUCUGACGAGAAUGUGGAGCCCUGCAAGUGGCUUCAUUGAAUUGAAGCAAGCGGAUGAUGCGAAAGAUCUCAAACUCCCAGAUAGAGAUUACUUGGACUGCCAUUGGCGGAUUACAGAGAUCUUCAACGCAUCCGGGAUGGGUGAGGUGAUCGACAAACAAUUCCAGGAAUGGGAGGAUUUGAAGGGCACUUGCCACGAGCUCCGUGAGGAUGGUACUACUAAUGUUGAUCGCUUUUUGCGUGCUGAUCUAUGGGCAGACGUUGCCGGUUGA